AUGUCUUCAUCCACACAGACCUCCUAUUUUUUCUUAGACCGUCAGUCCCGGCCUAGCCCGCUAACACCUGGCUCCGACACCUCGACUCUCUUCGACUUCGUCGUCCAUCCGUCCGAGUUUCCGCCCGAGUCCACGAGAGACACUGCUCUUAUCUCUCCCACCGAGACCCUUGCCGACCACGCAUCAUCGUUUAGGCAUUUCCAAGACUCCGCACCCUCCUCUCCUCGCCAACACUACAUUGGGCGCAUCGAGAAGGUCUUGUCCACCCACCUCGACUCCUUUGAUCUCUUACCCCUCACCAAAUCCUUCUCCAAGCCACUCCGAGUAGCGCAUCGCCAUUCACUCAACGCAGGGACUCGCUGUCUCGACGCAGUCCCUGAUCCUGGCAUCGACAUGCACAACUCCGGCUCGGGCGCUCCGUAUCAUGCCCAUGAUGCCUCUCAUGUUCAGCUACAGGGCUCACUCGAGCAGAAUGGAGCCUUCUACGAUCCCUCUUCGGCUGAUGGAUACAGUGCUCCAUCGCAAAAUGACUUGCUGAGGGCCGCCUCACCCUACCACCCACAGACAGGCUUUGUCCACGCACCGAGCCAGCAACAGGGCGCUCCAAACGUCUUGCGCGACUACACACUCGAUGCUAGCCCGCUGUCGAGCCCUCAUAUUAGCACCGUCUCUCACCAUCGUAUAGGCUCGCAUAGCUCCGAUGCGCCAAGUCCCCAGCAGCAUCGCCCAGGCCUUGCCUCGGAUCCGACUCUAGCACAAACACUGAGACAAAUUGGUCAGAUCUCGCUCGAUGAAGAACAACGUUAUCCGCCGACCUUCGAUGACACCUCUGACUAUGGCGGCUCACCAGCUUUUCCGCAGUCGAGUGACGGUCCGUCCACGGAUGGCUUUGCUCCCUCGGCCUACUCAUCCACACCAAGCCAGUCCUCCUCAAGAGUUCCUCAGCUUACAUUGGGAAUACCCACGCUGUCCGUCUCCGACACUUCCAUGGAUUUCACGCCAAUUGCCGCCAUGGUCGCUUUCAGCAGUGAUGCUGACAUGCCUAGCAUCAAUGUCAUGGCACCAUCGCCAUCAACACCCAGAGCGACAGGCCCGCAUGGCCAGGGUGGCGGGUUUCAGCAUGUUCUUGCGCAGCUUCUCGAACGUACUCAGACGAUUUCGACCAACAUUAGCGAGUUUCCAAGUCAGCCUGGCUCCUCCGCCAACUGGCUUUCCUCGGAUCCAUCCAACGCACUGAAAAGCGAGCCUUUCAGCUAUGAAGAUACUUCUGCUUCCACCGUUGGUGCACAGAUGGGCUCCAACUUGUCACAGCCGAUCUCGAGCCAAGAUAUGUUCCAUCCAGAUUCUGCCAGCGGCCGCGUUGUUCCAGAGGGCUAUUCUGCGGAACCAACCCAGAUGAUGUCGACGCUAGCCGGUCCACCCCAACGCGCUCCCUCUGUGCAUGCUCCCGGCCAGUGGUCCAGCCAGGCCAAGCGUCAGGACUCUUACGAUAAGAUUCGCCAAUUCCUACGCCUUGACGUCGACAUGGGCUUUCAGUCCACCGGCAAGACUGAAUCUCCGACCCUUGCUUCAUUUCGCAAACGCGCCAACUCGGAUAUUGGACCACGUUCUCCUGUCGUUUCCGGUAACACCGAAGGGGGACCUGAUACCGCAUUCGACUGGUCUUUUGCGGCAACCAACCUCCAAGCUGCCGGAAAGCCUCAAGCGACUGGCUCGGACUUUAACUGGUCUCUUUUCAAGCCGGAUCUGGCCAUCUUCGGCGAUUCUGGCUUGCCACUGGACUUGUCGCAAUCGGGCACCAUGGAUCCCUCACUACUCAACAACAGACAAUUGUCCCUCGACAUGACGCAGACACGUGGCGACAACAGCGCACUUCUCGCCAGCAUGCAGCAGCAGUCAUUACAACAGGAGCAGGCGAUGACGCCAAUGUUUCAACUCAACGGUCAGAGCAACGCUUUGCCCUGUGUUGAUUUCUCAUCACAAUUUGCAAAUGCGGGGUCGAGCGAGUUCAACGCACUGUGGCGUUUCCCGGGCAGCACAUCUCAGCACGCGCCUGUCAAGGAUUCUACAGGAGCGACCAAGCUGCGAAGAUCCAACAGCGCGCGUCAUAGCUCUUCCGCCGGCCAUCGCAGGCUGGCGCGCUCCGAAGAUCUUUCUUGCAGUCGCAUGUAUCAAGGCGAUGACGAAGAAUUCCUUGCACAGAUCACAGCACCCAAUGGAGGACUGGCUCCUCCCCAAACCGGGCGAUCCGUGUCUUCCAACAACUCGACGACUGGCACUCACCACCACAGCGUUUCAGGAUCAGCAAGAGUGCAUCCCUAUCGUACCGGCCACCAUCGUCACUACUCGUUCGGCUCGAAUGCAUCCAGCAGCAGCGCUGGUUCCGCCUCGCCACUGCCGCAGAUGGGCAGUGGCCUCAUGUACGACACGGCCGGCAAUCCCGUACAGUAUGCGACAGAUAGCUUUGGGGCCGUUUCGAGCAUGGGUAUGGACAGCAAUGCGGCACCUUCACCGUCGGCUUCGAGUGUAGCUUCAGGAACAAGCUCGCAGCUGGCGCUGCCCGUGCCCGUGGUGACGAGCCAGGCAACACAGGUGGCGUCGGCAUCGCGGCGCAAAUCUGAAGCGCUGUUUGCCUGCCCCAUUCCAGGCUGUGGAUCCACGUUCACGCGGCAGUAUAAUCUGCGAGGACACCUACGCUCGCACGCCGACGAAAGACCGUACAAGUGCGACUGGCCCGGAUGCGAAAAGAGCUUUGCACGCUCGCACGACUGUAAGCGUCAUCAGAACCUGCAUCUCAACAUCAAGCCACACACGUGCGAGCAAUGCGGCAAAACGUUUGCGCGCCUGGAUGCACUCAAUCGCCACCACAAGAGCGAUACAGGGGGCUGCAUCAGCGAAAGUCAGUCAAGCUCAACAGACGCCUCGUCAAAGUCAGGCGGAGCGGAUGUUUCAAAACCUCAGCACGGCUCAGGUCGCAGCAGUUCGGGUUCGGUUCAAGGUAUGAUAGAUGCCAGUGGCUCUCAGCCUUCCAGCAAGACGUUUGGAGGCCACGUCUUGUGA